GUCCGCCCAUGUCAACAACUCACAUCUCAACAUUCAACAGAGUAUCAUCCGGCACAACCGGAAAGUCAAUACCUUGAUCGCCCCAACUACCACCCAACCACCCUCAAUCUCUUCACAACCUUUCAAACACUCCCGCGCUCAAGAAAACACCACAAAAUGGGCUCAUCAGACAUCCCACCCCCCUCAGCACCACCAUGGCUCGUCCCUGCAUCAACAGCCUGCCUCUCCCUCGGCAUAACAUUCUGGCUAGUCGCCUACAUCCUCAUGAUCCGCCGCUCGCUAGCAACCCACGCGACGCCCGCACCACUCGUCGCACUGGGUCUCAAUCUAGGAUGGGAAGUAGUCUACGCCUUUGGUGUAUGCGAAGCACCCAUUGAGACAUACGGUUUCAUGCUCUGGCUGCUUCUUGACAUCGUUGUUCUCUACGCUACGCUUAAAACAGCGCCUAGGUCGUUUGCCUCAAGUCCACUCAUAGCGAACAAUGUCGCGUUGUUGCUGUUCCUGGUUUUUGUGGCGGGUGUCGUGGGUAAUGGGUUGUUUGUGUGGUGGUGGCUCAAGGAGCCGCAUAGAGGCUAUGGUAUCAAAUGGGGCAAGAAUUGGAAGGGGCUUGAGGCGAGAGAUACUACUGAGUUGGCAUAUUGGUCGGCUGGUGUGGCGCAGAUGAUCUUCAGCGUUUCGGCGCUGGCUAUGCUUCUUCAGAGAGGUCACUCUGGUGGACAGAGCUAUGCAAUUUGGUUCUGUCGCUUCGUUGGCACCGUCAUGGGUCUGCCCGUCUCUUGCGGUCUGAUGUGGUGGUACUGGCCCGAGGCGCACGGCUUCGUUUUCCAUCCUCUUGGUGCCUUCAUCACUGGCACCUCAGUCAUUUGUGAUCUGGCGUACCCAUUUCUGCUGGCCUACGUUCGAACCAGGGAGAAAGUCUUGCCUGAUGGAAGUCUGGUAGACGGACGACUUGAGGCUGAGACCGAGAAGAAGCAACAGUAGAAGGCGAGGCGAAGUAUCAAAGCGGUAUGACCGAUGAGCUGUUUGGUUGGACAACACCCUGGAAGCCUCACAAACUAAUGGCUGGCUGUGCAAUGUAAGUUGAUUAGUGAGGCAUCCCGUCACGGAAACGGUAAGCCACCGGCUGAGGGGGCAACAAGACAGAAGUGAGUAAUGACAUAUCUGGUUUCAGAUGACUUCGCCAAAGCAGCAUCGAAGAAUUCCUUGACAUCUUGUAUAAAUUGUGAUUUGCCAAAUAUACCAAGGAUUACUCGCAAUUAGCGAUGUUCAUCGUAAGCUCAAGGCCAAUCCCUCGCUUUCACCUCGCGACGCGAUCAAGUACCUCCAAUCCCCGCCACAAGGCGCAUCUCACGCGCGGUAUCACUUGUGACAGCCGCUCACAUUGCAACAUCAGAUCCGGGUACCGGGAAUAUCUCCUCCAUUAUGAUAGAUUCAACAGGGUCAUUAACCAAUAAGAGAAUGACGGAAGCAUCUCUCAGCCGCCUUAGCUGAGAUCAUAUCGCGUCAAUCGAGCUUAGCUCUCCACAAGAUCUUAUUCUCCUCCUCAAGUCAUAGCGGUUGAACGCAACGUGAUGUGCGCCCUAUGCAGCCUUUCCUUUAGCGUGACGGGGGUCGUGCCUGAAGACCUGAACGGUGGCUUUUUUUUUUGAGAUGUGAUAGCUCCAACGGUGUAAGCCUCGUCUAACAACCAGGUCCAACCUAGAAACACAUGAAUAAAGAAAAAAGCAACUACUUGUUUGCUCAUCACCUGACCUCGAGACAAUGUAAAGCAUGUCUAUAUCUCCAGUUCAUUAUUCAAGAUCCACAUGUUACGCUGACAUUGAGAACGGGGCUGAGGUUGAGGUGAGCUGGAGCUGGGAUUGGAUGUAGAACCAACAGUUGUGUCGACCAACACACCAAUAGCAGAGCUGCAAGAGAAGCAAACUCGGUGAACACUUGUCUCGCGAUGACCAGUUUUCUAGCAAAGAAAACUCACCGAGUUUGCGAUACACCAAUCGCAAGGCAAUCCAACAUAUCGGUAACGAAAGAGAAGUCGCCAAUAUUCAGCGUGCACAUGGCACGAGAUCGCAAUCAACGUGGUAUCAAGUAUCCGUGUCUCGGCGCAUCAAGACUCCGUAAUCUAUGUUUGCCGUACCUCCGUACUCCGUAAAGAAGUUUGCACUCGAGCAUUUCCGAUGUCUAAAAACAGAGUAAGUGAUUCGUCAAGACAAGACUGUUUGUCAAGAUCGAUAUUCCGAUCCAAGACAUCCUCUAGACAUCUGAUCUCUGAAUGCCAGCCUUGUCGCAGAAACGCUCAAUGCACUCAUUGCACCAAUAGACGUAACUCUACGUCAAUGUUAGAGGGACACCAUAUGGUCAAGUCACAUGCUCACUAGCUUGUGCGGGUGCAAGCAUCAUGACAUGACAAUAAGGGGCCAGGGUGUGCCGAAUCUCCAUCCCAUCGUGGAGAAAAAAAAAGGUCUCAAGUGCUUGCAUGUUGGUAAGACUCGCACGAUAGCACGAUCACGUUUUGCAUAACUCUUUUUGGCCCAACGUCAAUAACACCCGUCAUUUUAAUUCUCCGUUGCGACCGGGAGAUUGAUGACAGAAUAUCCGAGAGGGUGUGACACUUGCCCGUGCAGUGCAGAGAAUGCACAUAAUGCCGCAUUUUGUGGUAUCAUGGUCAUGGUCUUUGCGGGCUUGACCGGUCUGUGAUCAUGUACGUCUUUUCACUCUUUGGGAAGCAUGAAAUCUCGGAGCUUGCUCGAAAAGCAACAGGGUGUGGAGCGGAGCAGAGAGAGCCCAUGUACCUUGAAUAAUUAAAGAAAAAGAGUGUGUAAAUGUAGAACGGGUGAGGUGUAUCAAGAACUGCAAGUCGACGGUUUAGGAAAUAGGUGAUGGAGCGACC